UUUACGUUUCGCUCGAUCGUCUCCUUCGACGGAGGGGAAAAGCCGAUCACGAUACGAGAAGUGCACGACUGCAGUGACCGGUAAAACGAUCCGUCAAACGCAAAGGAGAAGAGAAAAAGGAGCCAUCGCUGUAUUAUAUAUCAUCAGGAGAACUGUCGCCGGAGGUGUAAUAUAUAUAUAUAUCGAUGCGGUGUGUAACAACGAAGCGAUGAGACGCGCCAGCGUCGGGCAAACAAGGAUAUAGCCAUCAGAAUUGCACGCGUAUACAUAGCCAGGCAGCAGGUAAGUAAUCCGAGAAAGGAGAAAACGCGCGCGGCGUGUCCCACACCAAGGAAGAGAAGAAAACGCAGGGAAGGGGCAGGCAGGUGAAUCACGCCAACAGCAGCAGCACCACCAGUUUGUUUUAUUACCUGGAGACGUCCGUGCGCUCUUCCCUGCAGCUCGUCGCGUGUGCAUUGUGCAAAUUGUAUACCGUUUUCUUUGGCUAGGCCACCACGGCAGCAGUGCGAAUAGUCGCUACUCGAGUCGACGACUAUGGUGAAAGCGAGGAUCGACAGCGAUCGUAACUCGUGUGGAUUGUAGCGGAGGGGCAAAUGCUAGACGAUGACGGGGACGUCGCAGCUGGUGCUAGUCCUUCUGGCGACAUCGUUGGCGCUGCAGCUCGUCGGUGGCAGUACGCUGGACGCCGCGAGCGGAGCACAACCGGAAGGCCUCCAGGAUGAGCGCGACCGGAUCGUGUUGGCCAAGUGUUGCGAGGAGCACGAGGUGCUGCUGGACCACGCGUGCGUGCCCCUGGCGGAGGCCAACGAGACCGAGGCCUGGCGCCCGGAUUUUGAGAGCGAGGAUGGUUACCCGGGCGCAAAGCCCCCGAGGCUGCCCAGGUAUCUUUUCAAGUACGGGCCGCCGCGCUGUCGAAGCAACGAGAACCAGUGGGACGUCUAUCACUACUCCUCGAGUUCCGAUACCCUCGUGAUGCUGACCUCGGGUAAGCUGAGGCACUACGUGCCCGACCAGGUCGACGAGAUCGUUAAGGCCAAGGAGCUCUAUGGCACCGAGUUCCUCGAGCCCGAGGACGUGCAGGCCAAGGCCAUACACUACGACUAUCCCUUCGGGCACUACUGCGCCGACAAGGCUAUCCUCACAAAGGACAACCUGUCGGCCAUAUACGCCAAGAUUUGCGUGCCUCGGGCCGUCAAAUGGGCCAGCACGGACAAUCUGAUAAGAAAGGCCGUAGAUCCGGCUCUGCACGCUAUCGCCGUGGUCUGCUACCUCGUUGUGGCCAUUGUCUACUUUGUCCUGCCUCAGCUCAGGGAUCUCGUCGGCAAUAUCGUUACGAGUCUCAUGGUGUGCCUCAUCGUUAACCAGUGUGCCUCCUUUAUCACGAUAUUCACCGAGUUUGGCAAUCACAUCAACUUCCUUGCUACAGAUUUGGUCAUGUUCAUUUCACUGCUGGCCGCUUUUUUUUGGCUCAACGCUUUGGGAUACUACAUCUGGAAGACCUUCAGAUCGAAAAACGUGUUCCUCAGAAGUACUGACAAAAAAAAGUACUGUUGCUACGCGACUUGUGUGUGCGGCUGUACUGUAGCUAUUGCGGCGACGGCGAUAUUUGCACACUUUACGUUGGAAAUAAACAAGCCCAUCAUUGGCGGAGUGUCGUUUGAGGCUCAAGAAACUCUGGGAUGGCUCGGAUUGUCGGUUUUAUUCAUGACUAUAGCGUUCAGUAUAUUUUUCAAUUUAUACUUUAUCCUCACAACCAAGAACAAGUUAAAGAGAAUGCGCACUUAUGGAAGAAUACAUCAUAAAAUGAAGUACAACUUUAGAACUUUUAUUCUCGUGUGCAUGGCUAUGAGCAUCGGUUGGGUAUUCCUCAUGCUGUCGCUUUCAAAGUAUAAUGGUCUAGUUUAUUGCCACAUAAUUCUCAAUGCACUUCAAGCGUUUAUAAUACUGUACGUGUGCGUUUUUGGUCAGAAAAGGGUAACAUUUUUGCUGGGAAAAACGUGCAACUGUUGUAUUUCAAAUGAAAAUGCAGAAGGUAUGGAGUGGGGCGAAGAGAUGACUGCUAUUAAUGCUGGAUAUUGAUUACAAAAUGGAAAAAUAAGUCAAUUUAAAACUCGUAUCCUAAAGUAUUUAUACAUAGUCAUUCAAAUUUUAUAAUUGUAAAAAGAAUCUCAAGUAUUUCUAAUCAGAUAGUUAAAAAAAAGUUAUAGAUUCAACCAUUGCUUUGAAUCGAAAUAUAAGUGGAAUAAAAAGAUUAGAGACCUAUUCGUUUCUAAAAUGAUUGAUGUAAAGUACAACUGUAUAGAAUUUUAAUGUACAAACUAUGAAAUCAGUACUUUAUAUUUAUUAAAAUAAAAAGUGACCUUACUCAAA